AAUUUGACAAACAUCAUCAUUUAUUUAAAGCUCGGACUGAAAGACAGCAUCAGCAUCUGCUUCUUUGUGCUGUCGUGCACGGACCUGGUCUGCAUUAUGAUCUUGAUCGUGUCGGACACAGUCCUCAUGCUCGCGGAAAUGUUUCGCGAGAGGUGGCGGGUGGAUGGCGAAGACUUGUGUUGGUUCACGAUGUAUUAUUACGGGGCGGUCUACGACGUCUCGCAGGGCAUCACGACGUUCAUCGCCGUCCAGAAAUGCUGGUGCGUCGCGCUGCCUUUCCGUUUUAAAGAUACGUUCACGACGACGCGGACUUUUGCCAUCCUAACUGGAAUAUGUUUAGCCAUCUUUUCUAUCCAUAUGCCGAUUUUAGCAUCGCAAGAUAUUGUGGAAAUGGUCGACCCGGUCAGGAAUAGAACUCUGUUUAAGUUAUGGACAUCGGGCAUCCGGGCUCAGGCCUACUCCGCGGUUGGUCUCAUAUCGUUAGUGUUUACCACAACGUGUCAGGUUACCGUCGUCUUCUGCCUGGUAGUUCUUGCUUCUGGCUUACGCGCGUCAUCGAAAUUCAGGAAUUCAUCAACAAGUGCUAAUCCGGAGCAGACGUCCUUGGAGCUUAAAAAUCGCAAAAUUAAAUCAAAUGGAAAGCCUUCAAAAAAUGGUAGUAAAUCUGACAAGUUGGGUUCUAGGAACCAAAACGCAAAUGUUCAACAUGAUGCGAUAAAUUCACCCAAAAAUGCCAAAAUCUCAUCUGCUCCUGGUCCGGUUAACAACACGUCCAGAAAAGAGUUGCAGGCCUUACAAUCUGCCACGUUCGUGUCCGUCCUGUUUGUGGUGUGCAACACGUUUAAGUUGUUAAAUUACUACGUCAUCUUGUGUUUACCAGACUUCAGCCCGUUCGGACGCUAUGUGAAUAUCUACCAGUUGGCCAAUGAUUAUCGGUUCACGGUCGAAGCUGUGCACAUGGCCUCCAACGUACUGGUCUAUCUGAAAUUCAACACGCGAUUCAGG